ACACAAAAUAGGGGAGAAAAAGUGCAAAAGCCCCUUCAAUAAAACCACGGAUCCCACACUAGCCUCCUCCUCCUCUUUUUCCUUCUUCAUUCCCAAACACACCUAAAGACCUAAUCUUCUCCACCAAGUUUUCAUCGGUGAAUUUGAGUAGUUGUUAAGCGAUUGGAAAGAUGUUUGGGAGAGCACCAAAGAAGAGUGAUAACACGAAGUACUAUGAGAUGUUGGGAGUUCCCAAUAGUGCUUCACAAGAUGAGCUAAAGAAAGCUUACCGUAAAGCCGCCAUUAAAAACCAUCCUGAUAAGGGUGGCGAUCCUGAAAAAUUUAAAGAGAUUGCUCAAGCCUAUGAGGUUUUGAGUGACCCAGAGAAGCGUGAGAUUUAUGAUCAGUACGGCGAAGAUGCUAUUAAGGAAGGAAUGGGUGGUGGAGGUGGUGGACACGACCCAUUUGACAUAUUCCAGUCAUUCUUUGGUGGAGGCGGCUUUGGCGGUGGUGGAAGUAGCAGAGGAAGAAGGCAAAGGAGAGGGGAGGAUGUUGUCCAUCCUCUCAAGGUUUCUUUGGAGGAUCUUUACAAUGGGACAUCAAAGAAGCUAUCACUAUCUCGCAAUGUGUUGUGCAAAAAGUGCAAAGGAGUUGGGUCUAAAUCAGGUGCUUCAAUGAAAUGUUCGGGAUGUCAAGGGUCCGGAAUGAAAGUUUCUAUCAGACAACUUGGUCCCAUGAUCCAGCAGAUGCAGCACGCUUGUAAUGAUUGUAAGGGUACUGGUGAGAAAAUCAAUGAGAAAGAUAGGUGCCCACAGUGUAAGGGUGAGAAAGUUGUGCAGGAGAAGAAGGUGUUGGAAGUUAACGUGGAUAAGGGUAUGCAGAAUGGACAAAAGAUAACAUUCCCAGGAGAGGCUGACGAAGCUCCUGACACUAUCACUGGAGACAUAGUUUUUAUCUUGCAACAGAAGGAACAUCCCAAGUUUAAGCGCAAGGGAGAUGAUCUCUUUGUAGAACACACCUUGACCUUGGCUGAGGCUCUAUGUGGUUUCCAGUUCGUCUUGACUCACCUAGACAAUAGACAGCUGCUAAUUAAGACCCAACCUGGAGAAGUUGUCAAGCCUGAUCAAUUUAAGGGCAUAAAUGACGAAGGAAUGCCGAUGUACCAAAGGCCAUUCAUGAGAGGGAAGCUAUACAUUCACUUCACCGUGGAUUUCCCAGACACCUUAACUCCAGAGCUGUGCAAGAAUCUUGAAGCAGUGCUGCCCCCAAAGCCUAAAACUCAGAAGUCUGAUAUGGAACUGGACGACUGCGAGGAGACAACUUUGCAUGAUGUGAACAUCGAAGAGGAGAUGCGUAGGAAGCAGCAGCAGCGGGCCCAAGAGGCAUACGAUGAAGAUGAUGACGACGAUAUGCAUGGUGGUGCGCAAAGAGUGCAGUGCGCACAACAGUAAUUUGAUACUCUGUCAGGAGUUAAUUCAAUCAAGGGGAAGUAUCAAGCCCCGGUCUUGGGUUUGAUAAUAGGGCUGAUAAGAAGUGACAGUCAGGAACAACAUUGCUUCUAGUAGGAGAUAGAUUAUGACUUUGGAAUAUUAUUUAUGCAGAAUUGAUAUUGUAAGCAAAAUUUUGUGAUUGACAAAUUGUAAGAGUGCCGAGAGAUAUUUGCAAUUUGUUUUGAUUCACAGCUUUAUUCAAUUAUUUGAGUAUCUCGUCCA